CAACAACAAUUAAAGUUUUUUCUGCAAAGUUAAUAAUAAUUUUUUUAAGUUCAACGUAUAUUUUUUACUCAAGUAUCCUAUAAGGCGGUAGUCUCUUGUCCUCUCACCCGAAAUCACAUGGCACAUUCUAAGCGAUAAUAAUGCAAGCGCGUUGGCAUCCCUGAACGGGAAAUACCACAAGCAAUGUCAACAAAAAUACUCCCGAUGGCCAACAAAUUCGGCUAAUAUGACUGAGCGACCACCCAAAAACUUUCGGCCGAGUCAGUUGCUCUCGUAACGGCGGAUAACGCGCAACAAAACGGAACAGCUUGAGCGCACGGUCAAAUUGUCUGCAACACACACACAUACUUAUAUACACCCAUAUAAUACAUAAGUGGAAACAACUAAAGCAUGCAAAUUUUUAAUUAGAAAUUUUUGGUGAAAAUUUGUGAAAAAUAAAAUAAGAGCAUUGCAAAAGUAAAAUAUGUGCAAAAAAAUUUAAUAAGAAAUACAAAAGCGAAAACAAAGCAAUAACGUGUGCUUGGCAUUUGGAAUACACAGAGAAAUGUAGAAUGAAAAAAGUGCAUGCCAAGUAGGAAAGAAUCGAUGAAUUGAUUGCGUGCUGCGGAGGAGGCAGCGGGUGAGCGUAGGCCAACGGGCGAAGUCAGCUGGAGUUUGAAAAAGUGAAGUUUAAGCAAAACUAGCAAAUAGUGUAGCAAAAAAAAACAACAAAAAAGCUAAUGAAAAUGCAAAUUGAAAUGUGUUAAAAAGCCAUACAAGGAAAAAAAUCACAACAACAACAGCAAAAUUUUUGCGAAAGGAAAGUGAAAAUUUAUGUUGCAAAACAUAGUUAUUGUAAGGAUCUGCGCCUGCAGCGCAGUUGGCAUAGAUUUUUGACAACCUCUAUUGCCUACUUACAAGCGUGUUGUUGUAAAAUUUCGGUAGUCACCUAUUAUUGUUAUUGUUGCCGCUGACACGGUUUCGGUAUUAAACCUUGUAGCAUAUACAUAUGUAUAUACAAACAUUUGUAUUUACUCACAUACACACACACGUGUAGUUAGAUCUUUAAGCCUGUAUUUAUUUAUAUGCAUAGUUGUUUUUUGUUGUUUUACCUUUUCGGUUUUUGCAACAUUUUCUUUAUCGAUUAAUUAUGAAACGAUGACAUGGCAAGCGAACUGCUCGUGUGUUUGGCAAAAUCAUACUAAAACAACAACAAAACCAAGUAUUUGUAAUGUUGUAUGUAUGUAUCUAUUAAUAUUCACACCUUUUUUGUAACUUCGGUAAUCGAUAAAUCAGUGCGUUACAUAAAUUUGUUGUUGACACACGGCAAGGCAGUCAUCAAAGCACGCCACAAUUAACAUAUACAUACAAAUAUACAAACAAGAUUUUGCGCUUAUGAACGAAAAACGUUCGAAUGAUUGCUACAAUUACAUACUUUAUAAUUACUUUUAGAAAUUACUCAGAAAAUAGUGAAUUACUGAAAAUAUUUGUAAAUAAAUUUAUUGUAUAGUACCAAAAAUAAAUAAACUCACGCACUCACUAUCUUAUUGUCUGAUAAUUGCAUUUUAAUAAUUAAAAAUUUGUAAUGAUUAAUUAAUUAAUUGUGAAUCGAUAAUUCAUUACACAAAUUAAUAAUGAUUCAAUUCACCUACGCCUACUGGUAAAAUGAUUUUUUUUAUUGCUGUAAAACAAAGCAGUGAAAUAUUAGAAAGCCGCCAGUAAAGGAUAAUUAUCACAGAACGAGAAGCGAGUUCUAAGGAGGCGGCGCCGGCCGUUAAUACAUUGAGGAACAGAUACGAUGGUUGUGUAGUGUUGCUGACAAAGCUGCUCUGGUUGAUCUCAUAAAACCAAGUGAUUCUUAAUUGCAUACGGUUGAUAAAAGUUCAAACAACUCAUUAAAGAUCUAUCUGCAAACUUAUAAGUAAAACAUAAAGUCUUUAGAAUGGGUCGUUGGCGGCGGGCAACGACGACGCCACCCACAACUUAUAACAAAUGGAUGCUGACGUUGACAGCGGCAUUUGGAGUUCUCAUUUUCAUUUGGAUUCCACAAGUGUCAGCUGAAUGUCAAACGCGUUCGAUUUACUGUUAUGAAUGUGAUUCAUGGACGGAUGCACGCUGCAAGGAUCCCUUCAAUUACACGGCGCUACCGCGUGAUCAACCUCCGCUGAUGACCUGCAAUGGCUGUUGUGUGAAAAUGGUGCGGCAUUCGAAAUCACCCUACGAAGUUGUACGACGUAUGUGUACGUCGCAAUUGCAAAUAAAUUUAUUUAUGGUCGAUCAUGUGUGCAUGAUGGAAAGUUCAGGCAAUGGACAUAUGUGCUUUUGUGAGGAAGAUAUGUGCAAUUCUAGUAAAAAUUUAUUGCAAAAUGGUUCAUCACACCAUUACAUCAUGAUCUCAGCGCUCUCAUUCAUAUUAUAUUUACUCAAUCAAAUACAGAUUCGUGCGCAAUUGCAAUUUUUCGCUCGACUAUUGCAAAUGCAUAAACAAAAACAAAAACAUAAGCAUAAACCAGUAGAAAAGUAUGAAAAACAAAAACAAAUACUCUCACAACAUACCCCAACCAGUCAAAUGCAACUCCAACUGCAAUAUCAACAACAAAAACCAACACAAAUAUCAAAUCACCGUUGUCAUAUGAAUGUACAGCAACAACAAGAACAAGAGAAAUUCAGAGUAAAACCGAAAUUUUGUUGCAUGCCAUCAACCGAACAACCAAAACAUGUUGCAUGCCCAAUAAAAACAACAAAAACAAAUAAUAUAUGUGCACAAUUCGUAGAAAGAUAGAGUGUAGGUCCAUUUAACCCGCAAAGCCACACGCUAAAUUACAAAAACUGAAAGUAAAAAUGGUACACACACACACAUAAACCCGUAUAACAGUGCAUUCCGGUGGAUGAUGGUCAUGUAAUGCUUAAAGUAAUCGGUGGUAAUGCACAAAGUAAUGCUUAAAUUAAUUUAUGGUAAUUCAUAAAUAUUGUAAUAUUGAUAAAGUAAUAUGUGGUAAUGCAUAAAGUAAUUUAUGGUAAUGCGUCGGUAUCCGAAUCGUGUAUCUGAAUCGUUAUUUAAAAAGUGUGUAAUGCAUUACGGAAUAACAUUAAAAAUAAAGUGCUCCAAAUAGCCUGUUUUGUAUACAUACAUACAUCGCUUACUUUGGCUUGCAUUGGUCUUUUGAUUGUCGGAAAACUGCGUUGCCUUAACCGUUUGCUCCACAGGAAUGCGCUGUUGGUGUCAACAAACACCUCUUUACAACGUCCACGUGUCCAAGAAAGACAUACAUACAUACUCAAGUAUUUGUAUAUUUACAAUUACUUUGUUUCCAAUAAUUACAUAAAUAAGUAAUUACUGCAUAAAUACAUAUUCGUACAUAGUACAUAAAUACAUACAUACAUUAUACGUACUUAGUAAUGCUCCACGCUCGUUUCAGUCUUUCCCCACCCCUCUUAAAAGUCAUACACAAACACUUGUUAUCUUUUCUCUAGAAAUUUUGCUCUUAACUAAAAAUUGUGACUACUUCGAUAACACUGCAUAGUUCUUAACUACAUAUUUACAUACAAACUAUAUAUUUAGACAUUAAUUACAAUAUUUUAUUUUUCCCCAAAUGCUCGUAAGUUUUAAUUUUAAACUUUCUUUUAAAAAUGUUUGUAGUAUUUAUUUUACUUUGGUAAGCAUUGUAAUUCAAUAAGAAUCUUUCUUCCUUUAUUUUUUUAAUUUUUGUUUUAAGCUAUACAACUUUUUAUUUAUUAUUAUUUACUCAGUAAUCAUAUAUGUAUUGUGUAAUGGAAAGAAAAAAGACGUAGUUAUUAAUUGUUAAUUAAUUUUCUUAGUACUUAGUAGUAAAAAAAUAAAAAUUCAAAUAAAAGCGUAAGUGAUUAGUGCAAGCACUAGAACUUAGUGUUACGAAUUGCAAAUUAAGUGAAAAUAUAUCACUUAUAAAAGAAAUUUCUAAGCAUUGCAUGCUUUUUGGCUUCAAAGACGUAGAAUAAAUGGUAAAAUAUGGUAUAUAUUAUAUGUAGUAGUAAAGAGUGGCAACACUGCCACUUUGUGAGCGAGUGGUGCAAAGCUGUAAGCUUUCGGUUAGUGAAGCUUGUCGGAAGUAUUUUUUCGUAUUUUUUUGCUUAAAUAUAUUUUCAUUUAAAGCAAACAAAAAAAUACUAUUAUUAUUAAAAAAAAAAAAAGUAAUUUUCAAUGCAUGUUACACACCUGCACUUAUUUAUUUAUUUAGGCGAAAUCUCUGUGCUAGUUAUGAGGGUAUGUGAAAAAUGUUUUUAAUGUAUUAAAUUAUUUCAAAAUAUUUUCUGAUAAUUUUAAUGACAUAUGUUCCAAAAGGACAUUUUUCCUUAAAAAACCGUUCAAAUACAUAUUUCAGUGGGGAAUCCUAAUAAGAUUUUUCUCAAUGGCCGAAAGAUCUAAGGCUAAAUAUUUGAUAAAAAAUUAUUUCAAUUUGAAAACUUUGAAGUUUUUUCAUUAUUAUAAUAGUUUAGAUAAGGUGAAAAUAAGAUAUAAACAAAGAAUGGACUCCGAAGGCUCGUCAUCUUCGAGCCAGUGUCAAUAUUCCAUCGCGGAAAUCGAACCAGGUCGAUACUUAGAAGACCAUAAACAAAAUGUACAAAAUGUCCAAAUAUCCAUACACCAAAGAAAAUAUUUUUUUCUUGUUUCUAUCAAUUUCCCUUCUUAAAUGCGCAGAGUUGUUAAAUAUUUUAUUUUGUCAAUUAUAAGAACGAGAAAACCUACAACACAAACCAAAACAUGAAAUUAAUAUAAAGCAUACAAAAAAUAAAAACAAAAAAUUUUUAUGAAGUUGUAAAACAAAAAAAAAUUUUAAAAAUCUUAAUAAUAAAUAAGUAAGAAAAUAUUUUAAAUUCACUAUAAGAAACUACGCUUAUCCAAGUACUUAUACUUAUAUCACUUUAACAACCGUUAUCUACACUUAAUUAUUUUUAAGAAUUGUUGUCACACGAUAAAGUCAACAGAAGUAGCUGUAAAGCUUUUCUACUUAAAAAAGUAAUGAUCGUUAGCAAAGAAAUGAGUGGGUUAGAAGGUUACUUAUACGCCAUGGUCGACAGUCUGUGUUUUUUGUUAUUUGGAGUAACAUGUAUGAAUCUCUAGAGCAAAAUUUUUUUAAAUUCUGAACUUAUGAUUUUUGCAACUGUUUUGAAAUAUUGAAUACCAAAUAUUUAAUAAAUUGCAAACUAAAGGCAAUAAGUUUUCGAAUAUUUUCAAAAAACUUCAACUUUCAUUGAAAAAUAGUUUAAUAAUUAGUAGGGUGGCGUGUUUUUCAUACAAUCGAGAGUGACCAGACACAAAAAAGUUUAAUUUAAAAAAUUUUUAAAACACUCAAACAACUCAUAAUCUUCUCUUAAUCAUUGAAAUACUUGUCAAGCAGUGAUUAUCUAAGCUUUAUCAAAUACUUCGAAUGUAGAAUUGUACCUGCAAAAUAUUCGAAAUACCAUAUGUACUUCUAUUCAUGUAGUGCAGUGUUCGAAUAUUAAUCAUUAUCUAUCUCUAAAAAAUAUUGAAGACUUAAUGUUAACACAAUCACUCAUAAUUAUGAAAAAACUUGUUGUACCCACAUAAGCAUAUAAUUAUUUUAUUAUAAUUUAAGCUUUAGCAGAUAUGACAAUUGGCGAAUUCAUAAACUAUUUAUUUUAUUUAGAAAAAAUAAAUAUACAAAAAAUAUAUUUUUUACACAAACAUAGAAAAGUCAAUUUUCUUUGAUUUAUUUUAGUGCAAAAAUAGCUACACAGAUGGUUUCACGAUGGUUUCUAUAACAUGAAUAUUAUAUAACAACAGAAAUUUCAUAUGUGUUAUAAGUGACUGCUUGGCUUUUACUUUUUAAAUUGAGUAGUAAUUUGUAGUGCUUUUGCUCGGUUUAAUUAUUUUUAAUUACAUAUGGCUUGUGCUUCUAAAACGAAAUGCACGUAAAACAAUUGUAGCUGUCUGAGUAUACUUGAAUAUUUACGCCGCGAUCUUGUACUAUGAUUUUCAGUGCAUCAGUAAUGUUGAAUGGAAAAUGAAGGGUUCGAAAAUGGUGAGUUUAGUAUUUUUCAAAUUUUGUUUUUGUAAUUAUGUAGUUGUUGAAUCACUUGGUAAUAUUUCACUCUUACCAACACCUUUUACUUGAAUUUCAGUAGUUAAGCACAAUUAAUUUUUUUUUGUAAAUAUUAACACAUUUAAUACGAAAAGUAAUCUUUUACAUUAAAUUUAGUGAUUUUUCAGUAUUCAGUUUUUGUAAAAAACAAAAGUAAAUAUUAAAAAAUAUUUCAUUUCACUUUGUGACGAUUAUUUAGAAGUUGACUCUAACGCUGUCUGUUACUAGAAGCAAAAUAAAAUUUGAGGUUAUAUAAAUCGCCUUUACGGACUUAACGAAGUAUAAUUAUACAAGAAACACGUAUGAAAUCUAGAUGAUAUACGCUAUCAUAUAGUUCUCGCGUUCAACUACCCUCUACUACUACGAUCUUUGUAUCUAUUCUUGCUAAUAAACAAUUGAUGUCAGUAAAGAAUAUUUUAUUAUACUACAUAGUUUCAUCAACACAAAUGUCAACUCUAACAAGACUUUUCUGCAACUGAUGUAUUUGCGUCCAUUCGGAUGGCUUAGACAGACAAGACACUGAAUGUUUUUCAUUGAUUUACUAGUCUAUGACAUCAGAAAACUCAAAAAACUUGAAAAUUCAUCGUUUGCAUUAUUUUGAGACUCUAACCGUAAAGAUUAAAUAAUAACUUUGUAUUCACUGACAAAAAUUUAAAUUAUUCUCAGAAUUUAGUGUUAACUUAUAUUCCCUCAAUCUACAAUUCAACACAGGGUGAACAAUCUUAUUAAAAAAAUAAUAAUUUACCAAUAACUAAAAGAAAGAAAUGAUUUCACCUUCUAACUGAAAAUGUCUGUUUUUUUUAUAAUAAUCAAAAAUAUUAAUUAUAAAAAAAAUUAAAAUUAUGUCAAAAAAUAUUUUUUUUUUAUGUAUUCAUAGUAAUGUACAUAUGUAAAUAUUAGUCGCGCAUAAUUUUUCUUUCAUACAAAUAUUUUUCGUGUAUUUUAAUCACUACACUUAAAAAAUUUAAUAUUAUAUAUUUUUAGCUUUAAUUUAAUUUAUUUGCUGAAAUGCAAUGCUUCUAAGAAAUUUUUGAGCACCUCACUGCACCUAGAAAAGAUCCUUAUGGAAAAAACUCUAUCUUUAAUACAUAUCCCGUUAAUUCUGCCAAACUCGUUACAACACAAAUUCAACAAAAUACAAAAAUAUUAAUAAAUUAUAGCAGUUAACGAAAAAUUUAGCAUGAAAUUAAAUAGUAUUUUCUCAAACUACUAAUUAUGAAUUAAUAAAUGCCCGUUACAAACUAACAGCCACAACUACUUUCGUAACCAGUCAUACCAUUACCAAAAUUCCUCUAUCAAUCAAAGCUCCUCUCAAGCGACACCAGAAUACGCUAAACAAAAACAUCCCCAAAACAAACUCUGACUCAGCUCGAACUUCAUUGUAGUGACGUAGUCAACCGAUCAUCUCCGUAUCCAACCAUCCGACGCUCCUGCUCUACGUUCUAUGAAGAGUAAAUUUUUACUAUAGGCCUAGGACCACGCGUGCGCGCCUCUUUUUGCUAUUUUACAAAAACAGUAAUAAUAAUUGUACUAAUUUGCUGCUUGAAUUGCGUAGUACUUAUGCAAGCUAGAAAAAAAAAACGUUGAAAAACAUAUAUGAAAAAUUAAGAUCGCAAAAUAGCUAUCGGUGACAGCAAGCUUGUUGGCAAGUUGUUGUAAUGGUAAACGUAAUUGCGUAACUUAUUUUAAGUGAUAUGAACGAACCAUAGAUUCCUCACAAUGCAAAAAGCACUGAAUAUUUGACUUCUAAUUUUUUUCCAAAACAACAAAAACAAAUUUCGAUGUUGUUGUUAAUAAUCAAUGAUUUACAUUACAAAAGCAAAAUCAAAAAAAAUUACGUAUAUUAAUAUUAAUUGUCGAAAAAUUAAGAAAAUAUUGGUUUAAAAUAUUAUUUCAAAUUAAUGUAAUGCAAAUGAUGAUGUCUUUUCGUUCAUCAAUGAUGUGAGAAGAUGUGGUUUUCAUUUCUAAACAAACUUUUUUUUAUUAUUUCUUAAAUAUUUUAUAUAAACAUAACUGAUUAUGUGUAUUUGCGGUAAUUUUUAUAUUUUAUAUAAGUAACUCAUAAAUUACGCUUUUACUUUGUGGUAUCUUGAGUUGUACAUUUCUUACAUACUACACGCUAAUACAACAACAUUUACACUCAUAACUCAAAAUUUUGUUAAUUAUGAUAUUGUGUCACGCAUAUUUCAAAAUAUCAAUAUUAUAUACAUUUUUACAUAUAUGUAAGUAUUAUUUAUUAUUUGUUGCGUGUAGUUCGGUUCAGUUAUUGUGUAAAGUCGCGUUUGCGCCCGGUCUUAAAGCUGGCCACACGCCUUUCAUACAACUGAACUUUUGAAACACCCACUUACUCUCACUCUCACGCUCACUCUCUUUUAAACGUGUUUCCAUUAACACAUAAAGUCAUUUUUAAUUUGCCGCACGCGCUCUGUUAUUUAAAAACAAAUUCUUUUCUUCAUAAAAAAAUUCUGCUCAAUAUUUUUGAGCAUUUCAAUUCAUCACAAUUUCUUCAUACAUUCAACAACUUUCACUUUAUAACUCUCUCUCUCUCUCUGUCUAUCCAACUGUAUAAGUAACUGUCUCGCUUUGUUUCUCUCAAUCGUGCCACAAUUUUAAACCAAAUCAUUUUAUAUUUCAAAAUACAUACUUUUUACAAAUUUCAUUCAAAAUUCAUCUAAAACAGCGAAAGAAGAACGAAAAAUAUUUUUUUAAUUACUUUAAAUUGGUUAAUUUGCUUUCAAAAUAUAUUAUAUAAAAAUAAUAAUUUAGUAAAUGAAAAAAUUAAACGAAAGUGAAAUAAAAUGUGUUGGAAGCGUUUCUUCUCUCCCUUGCCGCUCCAAUAGUCGCUUGCAAGCGAGAGAAAAAAUACUUUCGUGCACAUUUUUCAAUUCGGGUGUAACAAAAAAAAAUGAAUUUGUAAAAUUUUGCAAUUUGCGCUUUGAGAGAGAAACAAGCAAUAAAUAUUUAAAUAAAGUCAACACGCAAAAAAACUAAAGAAAAGAUCACUGAAAGCGAAGAAAAAGAAGAAAAGUGCUUUUUCACAUACGAUGCCAAUGGUCUGACUUAAAUUUUUUCAUCAUGUACCACCAUCGCAACCAUGUGCAAACCAACCAACCAACAACAGCGUAUAUAUAUGUACAUAUAUACUUUUAACUACUACUAUAUGCUACAUAAUAUACAAUAAAUAUAUAAAAAUAUAUACAUAUAAGAAGCAAACUUAACUUAGCUACGAAUGCCACGAAAAAAAAAGGUGUAAACCAAAGCUAAGAAAUCUUUAAAAACGCGCUUCAAAGCAGAAAUAUUUUAACUUGCUGCUUAGCCGUUGAAAGCUUCAACGCUAAACUUUUAAGCUCACACACACACAAGAAGACACGCAAAUACAUAUGCUAAAUCACACACACACACACAUACCACAUAUACAGUCACAUAUAAAUAAAAAACAUUUGUACAAAUCAACACACGCAUAAAAUUAACAAUUCAAGCUUACUUUUAUGGGCUUUCAACGAAAAUCUAAAUAAUGAUAAAGAAAUAGCAUUGACAAGAGAACAACAGCCGAGCUGCCCCGCACGCAAGCACAAAACACACACAACAGCAGCGACAACAACAGCAAAGAGCAGCUUUAAAAUUGUCAGCGAAAAGCUCAGCAUGUGAAAGCUCCACAGAAUAAAGCUUUUACGACGCGAAACAGAUUUUUUAAAUUUAAAUAUACAUAUAUUAUAUUUAAAAAAAUUUUAAAGCUUAACAAUAUUUAUGUUUUUUCAAAAACUCAGCAAAUGAAAGCUCUACAGUACAAAGCAUUCACAGCGUGAAACUGAUUUUUUUAUAAAUGUAUACACAUAUUAAAUUAUGAUAAAAAUUUAAAAAAAUGUUAAAGCCUAACAAUAUUUAUGGUUUUUAUUUUACUGUGUAAAAAUUAUGAUGGUUGUUCAAAAUUUCAUUUAAAUUUUACGUUUAAUUUAAAAAAAUUUUAUUUUUUGUUUCGAGCGAUUAAAUUUAAAAAUAUUAUAUAUGUUCAAUAUAUUGCAGAGCUUUUGAGAGCUUUGAGAGAAAUACUAUUUUUUUAGCAAAAUUAAAUAUAUAUAACAACAAUUAUUUAGCUUUAUACUAAAAAAUAAGCAACAGAUUUAAUGGUUAUCAUUAAGUUUUUUGUGAAAAAUACUAUUUGUAGCAAAAAUAAUAAAAUGUCACCCUAAAUUUUAAAUUAAUGAAAAAAUAAUUUUUUUGAAAGCCAAUCAAUAAUGCAUUAAUAAAUCGACUUUCCUAAACUUAAUACUUCUGUAUAAUUAAGCUAUUUAUUCAAUUCAAACUUAAUCAAUUAUACAAAAACAUAAACUUUAUGCUUUCGAGCUUUUUGAGCUUAAAAGCCUCCUUUACAAAUUCAUAAGACAAAGUUUUCAUUUAAACUUUGAUAUUUCGAAGCUUUCACACCAACUUUGCUUACAAGUUUAGAGAGCUUUCAACUUUGCUUGUUUUUUAAAGUUACAAAUUCGUAAGCCAAAGCUUUCACAACCAAUUUUAUGCAGUGAGCUUUCAAAUAUUCUCAACUCUAAGAGAAAUAGCAGAGAAUCACAUAUUCUGAAGAACAAUAAAUAGUAUACAUAACUGCUAUAUACAAAAAUGUAGUUUCUAGCACAAUAUAUAAAAAAUUUUUUGCAAAUGAAAACAUUUAAACUGAAAACUUUAACAUCCGCUUUGUUUUGCCGUUUCGAAGUAUUUAUGAUUAAAAUACUUUCGCGCUUCAAAUUAUUAAAAUAUAUUUAUGUUUAGACCGUAACAUUUAGUCCUAACAACAAUAAUAAUAAAAACAACAGGAUUAAAGAAUUAAUUUUUUCUUAAAAUCAAGUUUUGUAAGGAUUGAAGUUGUUGAUGUAAAAUGCUGGAAAUCUUUAAUGAAACUGCAAUAACUUAAAUUAAGAAGGAUAUUUUGAAACUUCAAUUAUGAAAACUAGGAAAAAAAUUAUUUUUUUUUUAUAAAAAGUGGCAUUAAAAAAACAUUAUUUUUAAAAACUUGUUAUCGAUAUAUAUAUAAGCACUACAAUAAAUAUUAGACGAAGAAGUUCUAAACAUUUGUUAUGUAUUAGUAAUAGCUUAUAGAAAUAUGAAUAAAAAAAAAACAUUUGCAUAUUAAAAAAGACAAAUAAGUUUUAAUAUAAAAAGGCUUAAUAUUAAAUAUGCAAUACUACACAUUGUUGAAUGACAUAGAAAUAAAGGUACCAUGAAAGUAAUUACUAAGCCUUAACGCAACAUUAAAAAUUAUAACAGUAAAUUCCUCACAUGCAAAAAUUUAAUAACAUCAAUAUAACUUAAAUACAUACUUAUGUGUAAUUGAAAACACUCUCAAGCUAAAUUAAUGCCACUUAAAAAACAAAAUAAAUACAGUAUGAAACUAGCAUUAUAAGCGUAGGAACCAAAUGCUGUUUCGAGAGCAAUAAAAUUGGUUUUAGAAAUAUUGAAUACACAUGUAUGUAUUACAUAUGCAUAUUGUUAAUAAUAUUAACGGUAAAAACAACAUAUUCUAUUAAUGUUUUGUGUCCAAAACAGACAGACAUUGUAGUAUCAGAUGCAAUAAAAAAUACUGUUAACAUAAGAAAUUCAAA